UGGCGCAAACACGGCCUAAAGUUACUCUCUCUACAGGGACGAAACUCUCGUACAUCUAUCCUCCUGUCUUCCACUGUGCCCGUGGCCCGAAAUUCGGGAUAAGUUGAAGGAGUUACUCCCUUUUUCCAGCAUAGUUAGCGACGUCGGAACGAAGGAAGGUGGAUCUGACAUAAAAUAGAAAAUUAAACAAGAUGAGUGCGGAUCUGGUGGCAGCGAACACACAUGGAAAUUUGGACGAGCAGAUUGCUCAGCUUAUGCAGUGCAAACCCUUGUCGGAGCCCGAGGUUAGGACUCUAUGUGAGAAGGCUAAGGAGACACUAAUGGAGGAAAGUAAUGUACAGUGCAUAUGGAACGUGCAUAAUAUGAUGUGCUUAAUUGAUUUCUGUGCUCCUGGAGUGCAGCCUGUCAAAAGCCCCGUGACAAUUUGUGGGGAUAUACACGGGCAAUUUCACGAUCUUGCUGAACUUUUCCGCAUUGGAGGGAAGUGUCCAGAUACAAAUUAUCUAUUUAUGGGAGACUAUGUAGAUCGUGGGUAUUAUUCAGUUGAAACUGUCACUCUUCUAGUGGCUUUGAAAGUGCGCUAUCCUCAACGGAUUACUAUUCUUAGGGGAAAUCAUGAAAGUAGACAGAUUACACAGGUCUAUGGAUUUUAUGAUGAAUGCCUGCGGAAGUAUGGAAAUGCUAAUGUUUGGAAGACUUUCACAGACUUAUUUGACUACUUCCCUUUGACCGCAUUGGUUGAAUCAGAAAUAUUUUGUCUGCAUGGUGGGCUGUCCCCCUCUAUAGAAACCCUUGAUAAUAUAAGAAACUUUGACCGUGUUCAAGAAGUUCCACAUGAAGGUCCCAUGUGUGAUCUUUUAUGGUCUGACCCUGAUGAUCGAUGUGGUUGGGGUAUCUCCCCCCGUGGUGCAGGAUACACAUUUGGCCAGGACAUAUCAGAGCAAUUCAAUCAUACCAACAACUUAAACCUAAUUGCCAGAGCUCAUCAGUUGGUUAUGGAGGGUUACAACUGGUCCCAUGAACAAAAGGUUGUCACUAUUUUCAGCGCACCAAAUUAUUGUUAUCGUUGUGGGAAUAUGGCAUCCAUUCUGGAAGUUGAUGAUAAUAGAGAGCAUACAUUUAUCCAGUUUGAGCCGGCUCCAAGGAGAGGAGAACCUGAUGUAACUCGAAGAACACCUGAUUAUUUCUUGUAGAUCAAUCGACAGUAACUGGCUCAUGGUUUGAUGCAAUGGUCGAAUUCGAGUGUUCAUUUGUCAUUUUUGAUGUGAUACGAAGGUGAAGAAGCAUUGAAAGUUUGGAAGUGGUUGAGGUUCCCUUCCAACAAUCAAUGUUAUAUUCUAACCAAUGCAAGGGUGCUUGGGAGCGGAAAGUGGGUUGGUCGAAUCUUUGAAUGUAUUGUUUCAUAUAAUGUUUUGAUGUUCUUGUUGUUUCCCUUUCUUUUGAUAAACAUAUCUGUAAGUUAGUUCUCUAUUUUUCUCGUCACUGCGAACUAUUGAUUUGGUCUGCAGAAGUAAUGGAGAAUUCUAUUAAGUUGCUUGAUCAUGAUUUUUUCUCCUCUCAAAAUUUACCAAUCAAGAUUGAGUUGCUUUA